AUGCUGUCCAAUCCCAGGCUCAUACCUGUUCACAGGACUUUGAAUGUAGUGAUGAACCAGAACGUGACCCUCUCCUGCCACUCAGACUCUGGAUCUCCACCUGUCAGAUACACAUUGUUUAAAUGCAAUCAGAAGGUAUCCACUUUAAAUAGGCCAGACUUGACUCCCGGUUUAUUUAACUUGACUAUCAACUCUGCCAGCGACAUGGGUGAAUACAAAUGCAAAGCUGAGAAUAACAUCUCCAGUGGUGGAAAAUACAGCAACAGUCUCAACUUCACCCUUCUAGAGCCAAUUUCCAAACCAGUGCUGAGCUCACCCACCUCUCAAGCAAAGAAAGGCCAGAAUGUGACCCUGUCUUGUCUCUCAGAGAACGGCUCUCUUCCUAUCACAUACGUAUUCUUCAAAGGAAAACAAAGCAUCUCUCACCCAGUGAAGAUGUACAAGAGCAAAGCAGCUGUGAUUUUUCUAUUUAUCAAUUCCUCUAGUGACUUUGGAACCUAUAAAUGCAAAGCUGAAAAUAGCUUUCGCAAUAAUACAAAAUACAGCAACAGUUUCAACUUUACAUUAGCAGAAGAGAGAAGCCAUUCUCAACCCUUGAUCAUUUCUCUUGGGCUGGUCUUGUUUCUAUUCGUUAUAGGAUUUGCUCUGGCAAUUCCACUCUUCAUAAUUCCUUCAUAUAAAGCAAAAAAAAUUAAGUCUGCUAGGUCCUCGACUGGCCUUACUUCAACAAUGAAUGCAGAAGAGUCUGCGAACUACGUCACAUACACAGAGAUUGACCCUGUUAAACCAGAAGAAGAAUACAUCAACUUUUCUGUUAUUAGAAGAGAAGAUGAAAAAGAGCACAGAGCAUGUGCUACAGUCUAUUCAAAGGUCCUCAUCAGAGACUGAGUACAAGGUAAGAUCUUUUUUGUGAUUAACUUAAUCAUGUAUUUUUAAAGAACCUUUCAGUCCUCAGAUGUGGCAAGUACCACCAAGCCUGCACAGAAAGAGAUGAUGUUUAGAUACUAG